UGAUAAGGAGGCUUGGAUUCCUCGUUCUCGUGCUUCUUCUUCUUCUAGGGCUCGCGGAGGGAGAUGGAGCAGACGCCGCUGUUCCUUCGCAAUAGCUACUGGGUCUUGAGACACGGGAAGAGCGUCCCCAACGAGAAGGGCCUCAUCGUCUCGUCCUUGGAGAAUGGCACACUUGAAAAGUUUGGAUUAGCUUCUGAAGGUUUCAACCAAGCACGAUUGGCUGGAGAGUUGCUGUUGAAGGAAAUCGACGAGAAGAAGAUUCUUCUAGAAAAUGUUCGAAUAUGCUAUUCUCCAUUCUCGAGAACUACUGAUACUGCUAAAGUGGUUGCUGAUGUUUUAGGCAUCUCAUUUGACAGUUGUCAGUGUAAGGCAAUGCUUGAGCUUCGUGAGCGUUACUUUGGACCAUCAUUUGAGCUCUUAUCUCAUGAUAAAUAUGCAGAGAUAUGGUCAUUAGAUGAGAAGGAUCCUUUCUUGCCACCUGAAGGUGGAGAAAGUGUUGCAGAUGUUGUCUCUCGACUUGCAGUUGCUCUGGCAGCAAUAGAGGCGGAGUUUCAGGGAUGCACAGUCCUUGUUGUCAGUCAUGGUGAUCCACUUCAAAUCCUGCAAACUAUACUUCGUGCAACCAAGGAACUUGCAUCAUCCAAUGGGAUUGAUAUUUUAUCGAGAACUAAGGAAAUUAUGGUGCAUUCUAUAUUAUCCCAACACCGAAAGUUUGCCCUGCAAACUGGAGAGCUACGCCCAAUCAUUUGACUUCCUAUUAUUGUCAGAUAUGGAGAAGUAUGCUGUAUGCUCAUCAUCAAGGACUAUGAAGUGUUAACAACUGGAGCAUUUUUUGUCCAAGUCUUAACAACACGCAAAUUGAUGCCUUAUACUUUGUUCUAUUUCUGUGAUUCAAUGCCUUUCAAAUUGACUUGAAUUAAGGGCCAUGUCUUGGUCAGAUUGAUUCCUGCACUGUCUGUUGGGAAGAGCUUUCAAUUGGAGGGAGGUGUCUUUGGUUUCCAGUGGUGGUUCAAGCUAUUGUAAUCCUUGGUGCACCUGGUAGAGUGUUGUGUCUCUCUGAAAGGAGGUGGCAACCUUUAGCCAUAUUUAGGUUCCCACUUUCACAAAGGAAGCAUCCAAUCCAUUAGUAUCCUCGGGUACCACGAGAGCUGUAGAACUGGCAUUGAAUCAAGGACAUUGGCAACUACCAAGGACAUGACUGAGGCUUCAUGAAUAAGAGUUUCUGAUGAUUAAUAAGGACAUCUGAAUCUGUAAUUGGCAUGGAAUCUGAGCUACCCUGCUGCAUCUGAGCUUCCCACCUUCACAUAGGACAUAUCCAUUAGGGUUCUUGGGUACCAUGAAAGCAGAAGUGACAGAUAUUGGCAAGUAUCAAGAACAUGACUAAGGCUUCAUGAAUAAAAGUUUCUGAUAAUUGAUUGCCAAGCAUUUGAGUCUGUAAUUGGAGCUACCUUGCCGAAGUUUUGCAUCUUAACACAUGGAUUUUACCUGGAAAGGAAGCUCUCCAAUUGCCUAGGGUACUGUAGAAUAACUGUGUUCCAUGAAGCUUCUCCCAAUCAGAGACAUCCCAGAGGGACAGUUGGUCCUUGGCUUUUAUCUAAAGCUAGCCGAGGUAGAUGAACAAACUUGCUGCAAAUUUAAUUUUCCCAGUGGCUUCUUCAACAUCAAACGGAACUUUUUGCUGCAUCCCCCAAUCCUGCACAUCUCUGCAAACACAUAAUGGUGGUGCUUGGACAAAUCUAGCUUCACCCUGCAGUGCUGCCACUGAUGCUUCCAAUGAACUUGUGCAACUGGCAUCCUUGAUUCUCAGGUUCCCCCGGUCAUGCUUUUCUCAUGUUCUGAGAGCAUUGUGUUCAUCUUUUCUCCAGGUUCUCCAAACAACAGGUUAUCAGCUGUGUAAACCAAUUCAGGUCAUGUCUUCCCUGAUGGUGUACGGUUCCAUCCAUAAUCAAAGGCAAGGUAAGCAAAUUGUGCUGAAGCUUUUUCUUUCUCAAAUCAUGAUAUUUUGCAAUUAGGACUCUUCAAAUGAACUGAUUGACAAAGGAUUCUUCAAAUCUUACGGUAAACUACUUUGCUGCCCUUUAAAAUAGAAAUGUUAGCAGUGAUCUCAAUAGCUUUCACGCACUGUAUCUGUUUGAAAUUGAUAAAGACAGCAGAAAUAUCA